CCCCCUCCACGCCGUGAUCCUGAUGACCCCCCUCCCCACCCCCUGUACCUGCGGACUUACACACGGACCACAACCGGCUCCACUGGUUGUGCGCAUGUACCAACCGGAUCCGGAAACACCAGCUCUCCGCUCCAGGGUACUGGACAUGUUCCCGUCCCCAAAGCAACUGGCAACCAUGUUGUUUGACGUCAUGGAGGCCCUGGGCUGGAGGGAGACCUAUAUGGUGUACAACAAGCGGUCAGAGUUCUACCGUUCGUUUGAAGCCCUACUCAACGAAGCGGCCAUUCGUAGAUUUAGCCUGUGGGCCAAGGAAGUUCCAGUUGCCAUGGUUACGAAGAAAGACGAUGACGCCCUGGACGCCGUGUUGUCUGACGUCAUCAGUGCCGGGCGGGAGCAUGUGGUGGUGAUGACAAGCGAUGAUGUUGUGGGGAUCAUUCUGGACAAGGCUGCUGACAUGCUGCUGCUUACAUCGCAGAGCCACUGGAUCGUGACAAGCUUCGAUGUCCGAGAGAGUGACCUGCAGAGCGCCCGGAGCAGUGGAGCACUCCUGACGCUGCUCCGCCCCUUCCCUCAGACAGAUCCGCCCUGGGGACGAGACUUGCCUGACGGACAGCUGCCUUUCAGGAUGCGGCUGGCUUUAGAUGCAGUCAGGGUCGUGAGCAGCCUGUCUCCGGACCUGGUCACGGGAUUUUCCCGUAGCUCGGACGGGAAGGAUUCGGACCUGGCCCCGAGAGGGCAGACCUGUCGCUCAGGGAUGAGAGACUCCAUAUCCGAGGAAAGCUUCCCAGGAUUCAGCGGGCACGUGUCCUUUGACAGCUGUGGGAAGAGGAAGAACGUGACGGUCUUCGUCGAUGAGUAUCUUCAAGGGGAAUCGACGCAGGUAGGCAACUGGACUGCAGAAGGCAUGGCUAGUGUCCAGUCAGGAUGGCAGAAGCCCCUCUACCCUCACCUACUCUCGGGACGGCAUCUCCAAGUCUACACUGCUCUGAGCAAUCCAUUCGUCAUGAAGAAGCCAGGAAAAAGUGGCAAGGUUGGCUCGGCUCUGUAUCACGGCUAUCUGAUGGACGUGCUGGAGAUGUUGGCUUCACGACUAAACUUCACGUGGGACCUCACGGUUGGCCGUCGGACGACGACCGCGACCUUAGCAGCAGCUAAGAAGUAUGACCUGGUGUUGGUUGCCACAGCCGUGCGCCCUGCAGGACAUCGAACAAUCGAGUAUUCCGUCCCAUUACGGACACGUGGUUACUUCCUGACCAUGAAGAAGCCAAAUCGCAGUGACGGUCGCGGUAUCUUUCAGUUCAUGGGACCAUUUUCUAUGGAGGUUUGGCUCUGCUAUGUGGCCGCCGCUGUGGGAGUGAGUCUUGUCUUGGCGGCAAACGGCCGUCUGAACCCGUACGAGUGGGCUCGAGCAGCCGGGCGGGGAGAGGUGUCGGCAGAGGAGGCGGACAACCUUAGCCUCGCCAAUAGUCUCUGGUCUACCUUUGGAGCGGCUGUGUGUCAGGGGCAGGAGUUUCUACCUCGAUCUUUCGCGGGAAGAGUUAUGACCGGUGCCUGGUGGUUCUUGAUACUGGUCAUCGUCGCGUCUUACACUGCCAACUUGGCUGCCUUCCUGUCCCAGCCUUCCGUAGACCGGACCAUCAGGAGUCUGUCUGACCUGGCUGGGCAGACAGACGUGCCGUACGGAACCUACAAGGGAUACAGCUUUUACAAGUUCUUAAAGAAGGCUCAGGAGGAGCCGUUUAAGACUCUUGGGCGAUAUAUAGACAAGAAUUCAGAUGAGGUUCUCGUGAACCGUUCCCGUGAUGCAUUUGAGCGCGCCGCUAAGGGUGACUUCAUCUUCAUCUCACCCACAUCCUACGAGUACGAGAUUCUCAACAAGAGGUGUGACAUGGUCAUCCUCACUGAAGAGUACUUCUACAAGUAUCAGGUCGCCCUUCCGUUUCGGCUCGGUUCGCCUUACCGGACGGAGAUUAACCUGGCCCUGAUGGACAUGGUAGAAGCCGGGAAUAUGGACACACUUGGGAACAGGUGGUUUAACAAGAAGAAGUAUAAAUGUUUCACAGGCUCCACAAAUGAUGGGGUUAUGGGUAUGGAGCAGUUGGAUGGAAUUUUCUACUAUCUCAUGAUCGGGAUAGCGAUCGCCAUUCUGGUCUCUGCUCUGGAAUGGGUGCAUUUCAAGUUCAAGGGGGGACGUUCAAGCAAGCCUGUCGAUGGAGGUGGUAGCGUGUAGUUCAAGGUCAAUGGGACCAAAUGCAUGAUUCUGCAAUUAAAAAAACUAUGAAAGUGGUCCUAGUGUAACGGAAAUGAAAAGAAACCUACAGUGGGGGUCACUGGAAGACAGUCGAAAAAUGUCCAG